CACCCUACCCCCAGACGAUGACACCGACCUUGCAAUGACGAUGCGCAAGUUGCUCAAUGGUGUCAGCAAGUGCUCCUUGGCUCUCCUGCUGAGCUCUCUCGUCCUUGUUUUUGCGCUUCAACUCUCGGCAAGUACCUAUGCCGUAGAGUCGCCGCAAUGGAUGCCGAGGAGCGAGGACAGUCUCCCUAGAAUGCACGAGCGCGACUAUGCUCACCUAUCGGACCAGUCGCUUUCACUCAUUCCUUCGCUUCUCGAUCCUCGCCCCAUCAUCGACCAUCGACAAAAGGGGUCGCUGCUCUCGGACAUUCUCAUCCCCCGCAUCCCGGGCAGCAGCAACAAUGCAAAGGUACGAGAUCGCAUCGUACAGCCAUUCAAGAAGAACACGAAGUGGACCAUCGAGGAGCACAAAUUCACGGCAAAGACGCCCGAUGGCGAUCAAGAGAUGACCAACAUCAUCAUUACGCACAACCCUGGUGCACCCAGAAAGUUGAUGCUUGCAUGCCAUCAUGACUCCAAAAUCACACCCACAGGUUUCAUCGGAGCGACUGACAGCGCCGCACCGUGCGCUAUCAUGAUCGACACGGCCCUUUCCUUGACCGAGGCGCUGGAAAGACGGCACGAGAGCUUGAAAAAUGGACAGGAAUCUGGGGCCAAACGAAGUGAGGAAGCGACGCUGCAGCUCAUCUUCUUCGAUGGUGAGGAGGCGUACCGCACCUGGACGCACACUGAUAGCAUUUACGGUAGCAAAGCACUGGCAGCAUCGUGGGCAAAAAGCUUCUUCACACCUGUGAUGCCACAAAAGCUCCUGGCCAAGCGACGAUAUGCCUCUAGCUACCACGUCAUUCGAAACAUCGACUCGAUUGACCACAUGGUCCUGCUCGACCUGCUCGGUGCCCCCAACCCCCGUGUACCAAACUACUUUGGAAGCACGACUUGGAUGCACGACGAGCUGCGACAUAUUGAGUCACGCCUGGCUGCCUCCAAAGCCCUCUUUCCAAGGUCGAUGGAGCAGCAGCUCGAUCUGCCGCCUUUCCAUCCCGACUACGCGCGCGCCGAUCACAGCGAGAAGUUGCAGGGAGCCGGCGUCGAGCGGCAGCUCUCAUUUUUUCCAUCGCAAGAUCAGACAUGGGGAGGCAUAGAAGACGACCAUUUGCCGUUUCUCGCCAAUGGCGUGCCGAUCCUUCACCUCAUACCCACCCCUUUCCCUGCGGUGUGGCACAAGAUGAGCGACGACGCUUCUGCACUCGACUACCCCACGAUGCACGCCUGGGCCAUGAUCAUGCGAGCGUUUGUUGCAGAAUACCUCGAGCUGGACCUCGCUGGGCCGGCAAAGGUGAGGAGGGAGGUGGAGCCUUUGCAGAAGCGCCUGGCGGGAGCGGCAUUUAGGGCAGUGUGCUCGAUCCGCCGUCGAGAGGAACUGGUGAGCGUGUAAACCACGAUCCUCUUGCCCAGAGCCAACAUGCUAAUGACCUGGCAUGAAAUAACAACCAGAAGUGAAGAACAAUUUGUACAUUAGCAUACAUUUAGAACGCCGGGGUCUGGUAAG